AAGCAUACGCCUGGUUGUGGCUGUCUGUCAGAGAGAAGAGGAGCACCGCACACAGACACACGCACACACGCACACACAAAACAAACAGCGAAGACAAAAAAAAAAGAGGAAGGCGAGCGAAAGUUGACUCAGUCUCUCAAUGAGACAUGCGCGCCAAUGCGGUGACUCGCAGCGUCCUCCGCGGUCCCUCUUGCCGGCCGGGCUGUAGCGCCCGCGCGGUCCCUCGGAACCUCUCCUCGAGGCUACCAUGAUCUGACCUUCCGAGGCGCCUUUGACGCGAUGGACAACAAAGAGGAACUGGAGGAGAGCCUGAGGAAGCUCCUGGUCAGGCUCAGGAGCCCGCAGGAGGAUAGACAGCUGUGCACGCUCAUCCAGAUCCUGCAGGAUCUGCUCUUCCUGUCGCACACCAACCAUGGUAGGGGCAAUUUGUGGCUGCAUGUGCAUCACGUUGAGCAUCAACCCUUCAUGGCCACGCUGUCGUCACACAUGGAGAGCCGAGGAGUCCAGCAGGUGGGCUGGUCACUGCUGUGUCAGCUGCUGGAAAUUUGUCCAGGCAUGCUGGAGAGCUUGAAAGCACCUCACCAGCAAAUCAUGAGACUUCUGUCGCAAUACCACGCAGAUAGCCGGGUGGCCAUUGUUGCGCUCCAAGCUCUGUCCCUCCUUCUACGCUCAGAUGCCAUUGCUCUGCUGCUGCUGGAAGACGAGGAGGAGGACGUGUUCGGCCUAGUGGUGCGGGCCAUGAAGGCUUUCCCCACCGGUGAGGAGGUGCAGCUCCAAGGCUGUCGAGCUCUGCAGGCGCUCCUUCAUCGAGUAAGUGAUGAGCACCUGGUGGAGUUUGUGGAGAACCAAGACCACUUGGUGGUUCUCGCUGCACUACAUGGGUUCCCCGGCAACCCAAUGCUGCUACUUCAGGCCAUGAAGGUUCUCCUCCCCCUGUCAAGACCCAGCAGUAACGUGGAGAUCUUGAUGUCCGGCAGCGCUCGCUGCUAUUGUGCGCUCAUCUCGGCCAUGGACGCCUUCCCGCAGGAUGAGGAGCUCCAGGAGACAGCGUGCUGCCUGUUCCGGAGAUUCACAUCAGAGAGCUACUACAACAUCCUGGUGCUGAACGGCGUGACCCGGGUAGCGGUAAGGGCCUGCCGGACGUUCCCCUGCAACGCCACGUUACAGGCCGCCGCCCUCUCCUGCCUGGCAGACCUCACAUCCAGCAUGGUGCAGAGUAGAGCGGCGGCCGAGCAGGGUUUGGAGGACGGCGAGGCGGAGGAGAACCGCGGGGGCAGCUCGGAGCAUGUGGAGGACUUGGACUUAGACCUGGGCUGGAUGGGGGUCUGCUGCACCGCACUGGAUGUCCAUGCCGCAGAUCCACAUGUUCAGGAAGCUGCAUGCUGGGCCAUUCACAGUCUGUUGGUGCACGGAGCAGGAAGGAGGCAUCCAGAAGAGGAGCAGGAUGAUCGGACUCCUGUUCACAGACAGCUGAUGGCGGCCAUGUUGCUUCACUCGUCCUCCCCCUCCGUCUUCGAGGCCGCCACCAGUGCCAUCGCCAUGCUGGUCAAGCAAAAUCCUAAGAUGCGCUCCACGCUGCUGUCCAGCGGCCUCCAUGUCAAUGUGGCGGAGAUGAUGAAGAGGCACCUAGCCUCGGUCCAGGUGUCGGUCAGCGCCUGCCGCCUGCUGAGCCUCCUCUUUCAGGGCCGGACGGCCGGCCUGGACGAGCUCAACAUGGCCGUGGGUCAGAUCCUGAGUGUCAUGAAGUUCCACAACUUCCAGCCGGAGGUUCAGCUGGAGGCCCUGCGGGCCAGCCUGGUCUUCCUCUGUCCAGACCGGAGUUUACGAGAGCACGGCGCCUCGGUGGCAGACCCCGACAUGGUCGAUGUGUCCCUGAAGGUCCUAAAGAACCAGUGUGUGGUGGAGGGAGCGCAUGCAGUCUACCUGGAGGUUCUCAAUAGGUUCAUCAGGUGUCCGACCAUCCAGGUGUGCGGCUUUAAGGUGCUCUCCGCUCUGGCUGACUGCUCAGGUGCAGUGGACCUGCUCUGCCAACAAGGGGCCAUUGACACGGUGCUCCACACGCUGCAGAUGUUCCCGCAGGAUCGAGAAAUUCACUACUGGGGUCUGACCCUGCUCAGCUUCCUGGUGUCCAAGAAGAAGCUCUCCAGGAUGAUUGUCCCCGUCCUGGCCUCAGUCUUGGUGGCCUCACUGGGCCAGUACAAGGAGGAUUAUGACUUGCUGCUCAAGUGUUUCCAGGUGGCAUUGAGGAUGCUGGAUGCCUGUUCAGGAUCGGCUAUGGAGCUGCAGAGGGAAGACUUCGACCGUCAGAUAUUCCAGCACCUCCGAGAGUCUGACAUUCCUGAGCAUGGCAAGAAUCCACUCCGUCGGUCAGCGUGUUUGGCUCUGUCCAAGAUGUGCGCCAACUCGGAGCUGCACUACAACAUGCUGGAGAAGGCGUGUGAGGACGGAGACACCGUCAUGGCAGAGUGCCUCAUCGAGCUCGGGGCCGACGUCAACAAGAAGACCAAAACGGAGUCGCUCAUCUACCAGGUGUGCGAGAAGGGAGGCCCGCUAGAACUGGUGCUGCUGUUGAGCCAAGGUGCCCACGAACAGCACCUGCGCCGGGCCCUUGCCGUCAGCGUGAAGCGCGGCGACGGGCCGAUGGUCAUCCAGCUGCUGGGCCGUCUGGGCCUGGACCUCAACAACAACGCCUUGUGUCUCGGUGGUUUUCGCCUCGGCCGACUGGACGCCGCCUGGCUCUGCCCCCUGCUGGCCCACCGAGGCAGGGUGCACAGUCUGCGCUACAGCAGCAGUAAAGGAGCCGGCUUGGCACGCUACAUUCACUCCUUGCAGCGCUCCAGGACCCCGGGAGCUCCUCUGAAGUCUCUGGGUGACCCCUGUCCGACGUCCGGAUACAUCUCUGACGAGAGCGAUGACUCCAGCUUCAGUUUCCUCUCCGUGGACGAAGGCCUCUUCCUCGACGACAUGGAGAGUGACGGGAGCGAUUCAUUGACGGGGGUCUCCCUGAAGCCGCACAACAACUCCACAGAGGAGCUGAGGUGGGGCUCCUUCAAUAGGAACCAUGGACGCCGCCGACACGCCAGUGCGGAGAGUGGGCCAAUUGAUGGCGAACACACUGAACAUGCACACAGACGAUAUGGAAGGCACCCAAAAACGUUCGGGUCUCUGGAGAUUUCAUCGGCGCUUCCCAAGGAGAAGGAGAGGAUCCGCCUCCUGGACCUGUCGGGGAACGAGUUAGACUGCCUGUUGUGCCUGAUGGACCACGGGCCGGUUCAGCAGCAGCUGGCUCACCUCCUGAGACUGGACCUGAGCCACAAUGUCCUGCUGGAGUUUCCCCCUGCGCUCUGUCAGAGUUUAAGCAGCUUGACCCGACUGGACCUGCAGGGCAAUCAGCUUCAGUCCCUUCCGGCGGAGCUCCUCGCGUUGCCGGCGCUCGCCACGCUCAACGUCUCGCGCAACUGCGUGGGCCCCCACCUCACCUUUGACGCUUCGGCCGCCUGUCCGUCCCUGCGGCAGCUCAACUUGUCCUUCAACAAGCUGACCGCCUUCCCAUGCCAGCUGGGGCGGGCCACACAGCACCUCGAGGAGCUGCUGUUGGAAGGGAACAACGUGGCCGAUCUCCUCAUGCCCCCGCCGCACCUCCCCGAGCUCAAACUGCUGGACGUGAGCAAGAACGCCGUGACGGACAUCUCGCCAAGCUUUCUGACGGGCUGCCCCAAGCUGGAAAUCUUCAACGCCUCCUCCAACAAAAUAGAUUCCUUGGAACAGCUCCCAGCAAAGCUCAUCACUCUGAAACUUGCCAACAACAAUUUCUCCGUCGUUUCUGAUACCAUACUCUGCCUGCCUAACUUGAGAUCAGUGGACAUGAGAACCAAUCACAUUGCGGUAUUACCGGGCCCGGGCUUGUGGCUGUCCAGUAACCUGCGCGAGUUGAUGUUCAGCCACAACAUCAUCCACGAGCUGGAUUUAAGCGGCCCCGUCCACAACUGGAGCCGACUGGAGAAGCUGCACUUGAGCAACAACAAGCUCACUGAGAUCCCGCCGGAGGUCGGUCUGCUGGAGGGUCUCACUUCUCUGGAUGUGAGCCGCAACGCCGGACUGCGCUCCUUUCCCGACGAGAUGGGCAGGCUGGGCAGACUUUGGGACCUGCCGCUGGACGGCCUGCGACUCCAGCUGGACCUUAAACUGAUCGGAAGCAAAACCAAAGACAUUGUCAGGUUUCUGCAGCAGCGUCUGAAGAAGGCCGUUCCCUAUUACCGGAUGAAGCUCAUUGUGGUGGGGAAUGCCGGCAGUGGGAAGAGCAGCCUGGUCCGUAAACUGAUGAAGCUCAAGCGCUCGCAGCAGGCCUCCUCCAGGCGGAUGGUCGGCACCACCGUGGACGUACGCGACUGGACCAUCAAGGAGCGGGACAAGAAGAAGAUGGUGCUGAACGUCUGGGACUUCUCCGGUGGCGACGAAGUGUGCAGCUCGCAGCCUCAUUUCCUGUCCUCCAGAGCACUCUACCUGGUGGUGCACGACCUAAGCAGAGGAGCCCAGCAACUGGACGCGCUCAAGCCUUGGCUUUUCAACAUCAAGGCGGUGGCUCCUUUCUCUCCGGUGAUCCUGGUGGGAACUCACAUGGACGUGAGCGAUGACGUGGCGUUCCAAGCCUGCCUUACCAAGAUCCGCGAGGAACUGCUCAACCACCAGGGCUUCCCGACCAUCCAGAACUACUUCACCGUGUCGGCCUGCGACGACUCAGAUGCCGUCGUCCGGCUGCGCAAGGCCAUUGCCAAGGAGGCCGCUGACUUCAAGAUCCAGGGUCAGCCCGUGAUGGGCCAGCUGGUUCCCGACAGCUACGUCGAGCUGGAACGCAGGCUUCUCCAGGAGAGGACCAGGGUUACGAAGGAGUUCCCCGUCCUCACGCGCCACCAGCUGCUGGAGCUCAUCCAAGAGAGUCAGCUGCCGCUGGAGGAGGCGGAGCUUCCCCACGCCAUCCAUUUUCUCAGCCAAGCCGGGGUCUUACUGCACUUUGACGAUCCCACCCUCCAGCUCCAGGACCUCUACUUCAUCGACCCGCAGUGGCUCUGCAACAUCCUCUUGCAGAAACUGACCCUCAAGGAUGGAGUGAAACAUCCCCAAGGAGUCAUUGAGCGCUCAUCCGUGGAAAACUUUCUGCUAGAGGCCAAAUGUUUCCCCAGCAGUCAUGCCACGCACUACUUGAAACUUCUGGAGAAAUUCCUGAUCGCGCUACCCCUUGGAAAAGACCAGCUGCUUGUGCCCAACAGUUUAUCAAAAGACAAGCCGAGUAUUGAGCUGCCUCACUGCGAGAACUCGGAGGUGAUCGUGCGAGAAUACGAGAUGCCGUACUUCCCCGCCGAUUUCUGGCCACGACAGAUCAGCCGCUUGCUGGAGGUCUCCGCUUAUUUGCUUUACGGGAGAGAGAAAGUGUGUCCACCUGAAAAAGUGUGCUGGAACCGAGGCGUGCACCUCAGCUGGUCGGCCGAGGCCUACUGCCUGGUGGAGGCAACGUGGCGGCAGGAAGAAGUCUCCAGCGUGCUACGGAUCACCGUGCCGUCCUCGCGCAAAGGCCGGGUGCUCCUGGGCCAGUUGGUGGACCAGGUGGACUCCCUGCUUGAGGAGUGGUUCCCGGGCCUGCUGAGCACGGACGUGCAUGGCAGCGGCGAGGCGCUCCUGAAGAAGUGGGCUCUCUACAGCUUCCAGGACGGACACGAGUGGAGCAAGAUGCUGCUGGAGGAUCUCUUCACCCACUUCGACCAGGACUUUCUUCUGGUGAACCCCGAGGACCCUCGCUGCACCGUUCCCAUCUCUCAGGUUGCUCCGGAUGCGGUCCUUAGCGACCAGCCGGCUUGGACCAUCCUGGACAGUGACGAGCUGCACGUGGACCUCUCCAAAGUCAACCUCCUCGGGGACGGCGGCUUUGGCACGGUGUACCGAGGCGUCUACAAGAACGAGGAGGUGGCUGUCAAGUUAUUCAACAAGCAUGCCUCAGAACUUUACAUCUACAGACUCCUCCGACAGGAGCUGGUGGUGCUGGCUCGCCUGCGCCACCCCAGCCUGGUGGGCCUGCUGGCGGCCAGCUCGGCUCCGCACGUCCUUGUGAUGGAGCUGGCCAUGCGGGGCUCACUUGACUCCUUGUUCCAGCACAAGAAAGGAAGCCUAAAUUUGAAGCUCAAGCACAGGAUCGCGCUGCACGUGGCCGACGGAUUACGGUACCUCCACUCGGCCAUGAUCAUCUACCGCGACCUGAAGCCCCACAACGUGCUCCUGUUCAACCUCAAGACGGACGCAGACGUCAUCGCCAAGAUCACCGACUACGGCAUUGCUCAAUAUUGCUGCAGCAUGGGGGUCCGCAGCUCGGAGGGCACGCCAGGUUUCCGCGCACCAGAGGUCGCCAGAGGGAACGCGACGUACAACCAGCAGGCCGACGUCUUCUCGUUCGGCCUCCUCCUGUACGACCUGCUGACGGGCGGCGAGCGCAUCUGUGACGGCGUCAAGUUCCCCAGCGAGUUUGACGAGGUGGCCGUGCAGGGCAAGCUGCCAGAUCCGGUGAAGCACUACGGUUGCUCGCCUUGGCCUGGCUUCCAAGCCCUGAUGAAGGACUGUCUAAACGUUUAUCCUCAUGAUCGACCAACAUCCACGCAGGCGUUUGCCCGGCUCAACUCGGGGGAGAUGUUGUGUCUGAUGAGGGAGCUGCCGCUGCCCAGGCCCGUACAUGCCGAGUGCGUGGCCGUAAGCGCUGGCACGGCCUGGCUGGGAGGAGGUCGCAGCACCCAGAGGACGGGAACCGUCACCGCCGUGGACCUGGACUCCAACCGGGUCACCACGCAGGAGAUUGACAGCAGUCCCAUCCUGUGCCUGGUGGCGGUCCAGAUUCCCGGCGAGGCUUCCGAUUGGAUGGUCGGGGGCACACAAUCGGGCUCUCUGGUGGUCUUCAGCGGCGUGGAUCCGUCCACGUGGUAUCGCUUGAAAAAUGUCUCAGAUGCCGUCACCUCGCUGUACUUUCACGUAAACCCCCCACGCCUGCAACGAAAGAACUACUUGCUCGUUGGCACUGCAGAUGGCCUUCUCGCCAUCUAUGAAGAUUCCGCCCUCAAGGAGUUUGGUCAGCCGGUGAAAUCGGUGGUCCUGGGCACCGUCAACACUCCCGUGGUGUGCUUGGGCACAUCGUCGUACUCUCUGGACCGCCGCUGCGUUUGGGCCGGCUGCGGCACCAGGAUCCUGUCCUUCAGUGCCGACUACACUGUGAGCCGGAACAUCGACACCCGGAACACCGUACCACUCCCGCUUCGCCCCAGCGCCGAGGCCAACGUGUGGCGCAUGGCGGUGGAUAAGUACGUGUACCUCAGCAAAGCCGGCAUGGCCACCGUCGAGGUUUGGGACAAGUGGAGCGAGCGCAUGGUGGAAUGCAUUGACUGUGCACAAAUCAUCAGACAGGAGUGCAGCGCCGAUGGAGGAGGCCCCUCCGGUGUUGCAGACGUACCCGUCGACAGCUCCCCGUCUUGGGCCCGGUGGGCGCGGGUCAAGUCCCUGCUGGUUGGGCAGGAUUCGGCCACGCUGUGGGUGGGCACCCGAGGCGGCCACCUGCUGCUUCUGGAGCUGGGCAACAAGCACCACGCGCUGCGAGUCAUCCCGCCGAGAUGCCACUCGCUACGAGGCAUCGCGUCGGCGUUCAUUGAGACGCUAAACUGUAAGAAUGCGGUGCUGGUGUUGGGCAGAACACUCCCGCAGGACAAGAGCGAGUGGGACGCUCAGUCGGUGUUGAUGGUGUGGAACGCCACGCUGCCCUCUGAGGUCAAAGACUUGAACAAACACAGUGAGAGGAGAGAACACAUUGCGGCCAGGAUGAGAGAACAGCUACACAACUAUGACUGAACGCAAAGAACGUUGGCGGCAAAGGGAUAAAGAUGACCUCAGUGCUUUCUUGAAUGAAAGAGGAACCUUAAAUUCAGAACAAAUGGAUAAUUGUAAUGUUGAGGAGUCACGCUGGAGCAAACGAAGAGAUUUUUAAAGGGACACAAGUGUUCUACAUCAGGGCCCACGAGCAACAUUAGCAUAGCUACUACACAAAAGCCAACCACUGGCUUAAAAAAAACAAAAAAAAACGCAUUAGCCACAAUGCUAAUGACAUCAGCUGUUUCAGGUCAUGCUAACACCCCUCAAAUGAUUGACUGAAUAAACACAAGACGGUUUUUACUGAAAUGGUUCGUUCCUGUCUAUGGUUUGCAUCACUUUUUGCCAAGUGUAAAAAUACAUUUGCAACAGUUUUAAUAAUUUAAUUGAAUGAGGCCAGACUAAGGAGUGGCCGCAAUAUUCAUUUCUUCAAAUGCUAAAAUAUAAUGUUAAAUGUCACUUUAUUAUUUUUAUUCUUUGCAUACCGGUUUAAAGUCCCAGAUUUAUGGUCAUCAUCAAAGUCAGCAGAGACCUGGAAUCUUGUUUCGGGGUCAUAUUUCAUGUUUAAUGUCGAGGAAGAGGAAGGGGAAAAAUACAUUUCUCUGCCACAUGUUUUCAAGCCAUUUCAUGGAUAAAAACAAAACUAUUUACAAGGACGAGGACUCGGCCCUCACAAACACGUUAGUAAAAAAAA